GGGACACUCCACGCCAGUCAACCAGCUGCAUAGUGUGGUCUCAAUAGGAGCACAGGAAAGAAACCCCAAGGAGCCACUUUCCUUCUAUGGAGGGCCUGACAUCAGACCCCAGCAUGUGCUGACACUGCGCCAAAGCCCUUCCAUGUUUGAAGAAGCCUUGAGAUUUGAAGUCCCACAGCCUGUCUGCGCUUCCUCUACCCUGCUCAGAAGCUAUGGUUCACUCCCUCCGCCAUUCUGUUGGAGCUGAACUGGCAGAUGAAGGUGGAACCCCAGUACCCUAGACCUCCUGGUCUCUUCGGAAAUGAAGGUCAUUGCUAUAUUCCUUGUCUUCAUCUUCUGCUGGAUGACCUCCACUCUCAGCAGCUUCUGGCAGUUCCAGAGGAUGGUCAGACACAUCACAGGGCGCAGCGCCUUCUUCUCCUAUUAUGGAUACGGCUGCUACUGUGGGCUAGGGGGCAGAGGGAUCCCCGUGGAUGCUACAGACAGGUGCUGCUGGGCUCACGACUGCUGCUACCACAAGCUGAAGGAGCAUGGCUGCCAGCCCAUCUUGAAUGGCUACCAGUUCAGCAUUGUCAAUGGGACUGUGGCUUGUGGAUGCCUCCCGGGUGGCAGCUGCCUCUGCAGGCAAAAGGCCUGUGAGUGUGACAAGCUGUCUGCAUACUGCUUCAAGGAAAACCUGGACACCUACGAGAAAGCCUUCAGGCAGGUCUUCCCCAGCAAGUCCCAGUGUGGCCGACACAAACUCCGGUGCUAGGAAGGCCACCGUCCCUGACACACAGCACCUACUCUAGUCAUGGUCCUCUGGCAAACUGUCUCCGGCCACCUCUGAUAGCUCCCAGGCUCCUGGAGCUCCUCAUCGCUGUCCAGGGAGUGUCUUCUCACUCAGCGCUGGGGUCUGGAAGUGAGACAUGGAGGAACCCCUGCUCUGGAAACAGACCCUGGGUGCCUGGCAAUUAACUGACAUCUUCCAACCGAAGUCUGCCUUCUGUAAACCCGCUGGCAGGAAGAAGGCUGGUCUGGUGUCUCAGAAAGCCGGGUGCCAUUGCAAUGAUAAUGUUCACCAUUGCCACAAGGAUGUCAUGGCAAAGAUGACAUGAAGAAAUGCAGAGAUGCAUGGGAUAAAACCGGACUCUCUGAACAUGGCGAGCAAUGAGGGCUGAUGAGAAGCCAAGG